GUUUGAAUUGCGGAAGAGGCUUCUCGCUCGCGGCAGUAAACAACAACACAAACGUCUGCUGCUUCGAGUUAUCGGAAAACUGGACAGCUGUCAGAAGACGUCAGCAACUGACCUGGUUAUUACUGCCGUGUCUGUCACUGUUGUGGUGAAGGGAUGGAACUGGAGGAGCAAGUUGAAUGGGACGACGUGAAUAAACUCCUGCAACGUCAUGGGUUUAAAUCGGUGUAUUUUGCAGAUCCUGUCGAGAAUAAGAACCUCUCCGACUUGGUUCUGCUGGACAAGAAGUCAGCCGGUGAGAUCAGGACGACUCUGAGGACGAUGCUGACGGACUCGGAGAGAAGACAGGCGCUCAUCCAGGAGCUCAUCAAGUCCAACAACCAACUCAAAGAGGAGGCUCAUGAGCACAUGAGCAGAGCGGCUCAGCAGUCUCAGAGGGUCACAGAGCUGGAGGGGCUUCUGGACGUGGUGAAGACCAAAGUCCAGGACCUGGAGGACCGCUGCCUCGGCAAAGCUGUCCAACAGCACAGCCACUCUCAACAGCUGCAGCAGGAGAAGCAGGAAGCACAGAAAGUGUGUCAGGCUCUGGAGCAGAAGCUGUCCAAACAAAGGGAGGAAGCAGCUCAGCUCGAAAGGAAGCUUUAUUUCACCAUCAAAGAAGAAGAGCGGCGACUGGCUCGACGCAGUCAGACGUUCCAGCACAUCUGCAACAAAGUGAUGGAGCAGAAGUCUCCUGCAGACCAGCAGGUGCUGGAUGUGAUCGACUUCUAUGAGACUAAAAUGACCCAGCUGCUGGAUGAGCUCAGGUCUGUCAAAGGAGCAGAACGAUUUGAAGGGGCUCAUCAGACAAGGCUCAAGAAGGCAUCCAGCGAUGCUGCUCCAUCUUCUAAAGCUCUUCUCAAAGCGUACCAGGACCAGCUAAAGGGGAGCAAAGGUCAAAUAGAAGAGCUAAAGAGGGAGGUGGAGUGCCUGAAGCAAGAGUUGGAGGCAAGGCCAACACUCAAAGAGGUGAAGUUCUACAAACACAAACUCCGCUGUUUGGAGCGGUCGAACAUGUACAACAACACAAGAUUGCGGAAAGAGGACAGGAUGACUGAGAACAGUGAGAACGUCAGCGAUCAAACCAGAGAGGCCAGUCUGUGUGCACACUAUCAUCAUCUGUUGAAAGAGAUCAGCUCUGUAGUGACCAAUCCCAGAGCUCCGCUUCAGCUGCACAGACAGAAAACCUGCUCUGUUGGUUUGGAGCGGGCUGAGUUUCAGACCCUGGUCCCCACGCUGGAGGCGUGGGCCCAGCAGCUCCACCUGCUGAAGGACCUGCAGCAGGGUUUAAAUAAACUGACCAGCAGGCUGAUGCCCUGGCAGUCGACUGGUGGUGACCAUGGUGCAGUAGAAGCGGCGAAGGUGGAAGACAUGAUGUUGCAGGUGGACACCAUGCUGGAAAACAUCUCCACUGAUGAUGAGAAGGUGCGCAGGACACCGACACGAUACACUCUGGGCUCCAUGGUGUCCCACUUCCAGAAGCUGUUCGACGUCACCUCCCUCAGCGGAGUGUACCCGCGCAUGAACGAGGUCUACACCAGGCUGGGAGAGAUGACCAACACCAUGAGGAACCUCCGAGACGUUCUGGACCUAGACAGCAGGGUUCCUCCUGCUGAGGUCGUGAACAGGGUGGCCAGACUGGCUUCCUCCACCGAACACACUGCUGGAUUCCAUCAGCUGCUGGGAGAGGCCGACAUUGACAGCAUCAUCGUCAAAGUGAAGCAGCACGACGAGUUCUUCCCUGCUUUCCAUGCCCUCACCACGGACAUUUUACACACUCUUGGAGUGAGCCACCUGGACGACAUCCUUCCAGCUCUGACAUCUUUGAAACAAACACAGUGACACUUAAUCACUUAAUGUGAUGAUAGUGGAGUGGCUUCGUUUCAAACUGAAUAUUUGGGCAAAGCUUCACAAUGAAGAGACAAUACUCACACCUACCUGCACCUGCCUGUGUACUUCCACAAUGAAUGAACAUUGGCACAGACACGGUCACCUGUCAACCAAUCACUGCGGACAGUGAGUGAGUUUAUUCAUGACUUCUGAUGUCGUCCAUCACAGUUUCCCAGGAGCUUUGUGAACAGAUUUGAACAUCUACCUGACUUUUAUAAAUACAGACUAUCUGUAUGGAGAAUAUGUUUUGUAAUUUGUGUGAACUGACCCUUGGAUUGCUUUUUUUUUUUUUUUUUUUUUUUAAACCUGCAGCCCUCAUUACCCACAAUGCAACAGCUGACUGACAGAUAUUUCAUUCAUUUCCCCUCAUUUAUUUUCAAAUGAAUACAAUAUCUGUUGAGAUCAUCCAUACAGAGGAUCCAGCAGCAAUAUAAUUAUUUCUCUCAGCUUUUAAACUAAUUGUGUUAAUGUCACAGGGCGGAAGUGACAGUUUAAGUAUUUUAUAUUGUUGCAUGCUGUGUUUUUACUCGUUUGGUUUAUUGCAUGGUUUUAUAGUUACUAACUGGUUUGUCUGCAGAUUGCGGAAAGAAGACAGGAUCAUUUCCAUGCAUGGAUAUUGCAAUUUGUAUUGACGAUCUGUGGUUGAACGUGGGUGCGGAGAGGGCGGUAUAUGAGGCCGAUCCACAUGCACACAUUUCCAAGCUGAUUUGGGAUUUAUAAUAGGUACAUUGCUGUUGGGCGUAUGGCACAUACAUUUAGUGUGUAUUCUCUGCAGAGUUUUAGAAAUUCAGUUCACUCCCAGUGUUCCCUUCAUUCUCACCAAAGACACAUGCAUUUUAGUUAUUCAGCUUCACCGUACAAAACUGCCAGUAAUCGCCCUUUAAGUCUUCAGUCAGCGGUAGACUCCUCAGUGCACACGACCACCGAAGAGUUCAACACAUCGCGGCUUCUCCAAACCAACAGGAAUAAACAGCAAAGCCGCAGCAUAUUAAACGCAUUCGACAUGUCACCCUACACGCUGCGUUGACAUUUUCAUAAUUGGAUGGGAAAUGUUUGGCGUCUCUGGCGUCUACACACGUCUACACACCUGUCUCCUCAUGUGCCAGCCUAGUUCUCAGAGAUCCGGGAAGGAAAAGGUCGUUAUUUAAUAAUGAAUAGGUGGGAGCGGAGAGCCUGGCUACUCACUGUGUCCCCGCAUACAUCAACUCCACUGAGCAGAAAAUUAAAAUGGAAAUCUGGGCCCUGAA